AGCAUCCCCUGCCAGCCUUCCUGAGCACCUCCUGCGCUUUCUACUCGCGCUCUCCUUCACCUCCUUCUUGGCACCAUGGCCACUUGCAGCCGUCAGUUCACCUCCAGCUCCGUGAAGGGCUCCUGUGGCGUCGGCGGCGGCUCCAGCCGCAUCUCCUCCAUCCUGGCUGCAGGCUCCUGCCGGGCCCCCAGUGCCUACGGGGGCCUGUCAGUCUCCUCCUCCCGCUUCUCCUCCGGAGGAGCGUGUGGGAUUGGCUAUGGCGGUGGCUUCAGCAGCAGUAGCAGCUUUGGUGGAGCUCUGGGUAGUGGCUUGGGUGGAGGAUACGGUGGUGGUCUUGGUGCCAGCUUUGGUGUUGGCUUGGGUGGUGGCUUUGGUGGUGGCCUUGGUGGUGGUGAUGGGCUCCUGGUGGUCAGUGAGAAAGUGACCAUGCAGAACCUCAAUGACCGCCUGGCCUCCUACCUGGACAAGGUGCGUGCCCUGGAGGAAGCCAACACUGACCUGGAGGUGAAGAUCCGCGAAUGGUACCAGAGGCAGCAGCCUGUUCUGAUCAAAGACUACAGCCACUACUUCCAGACCAUUGAGGAUCUGAGGAACAAGAUCAUCAAGGCCACCAUUGAGAAUGCCCAGCCUGUUCUGCAGAUCGAUAACGCUAGGCUGGCAGCCGAUGACUUCAGGACCAAGUAUGAGCAUGAGCUGGUCCUGCGCCAGAGUGUGGAGGCCGACAUCAAUGGCCUGCGCAGAGUGCUGGACGAGCUGACCCUGGCCAGGACCGACCUGGAGAUGCAGCUCGAGAGCCUGAAGGAGGAGCUGGCCUACCUGAGAAAGAACCAUGAGGAGGAGAUGCUUGUCCUGCGGGGUCAGACCGGUGGGGACAUCAGCGUGGAGAUGGACGCAGCUCCUGGCGUGGACCUGAGUCGCAUCCUGAAUGAGAUGCGUGACCAGUAUGAGCAGAUAGCCGAGAAGAACCGCAGAGAAGCUGAGGCCUGGUUCCUGAGCAAGACUGAGGAGCUGAACAAAGAAGUGGCCUCUAACAGCGAACUGUUGCAGAGUGGCCGAAGUGAAGUGAUCGAGCUCCGGAGGGUGUUCCAGAGCCUGGAGAUCGAGCUGCAAUCUCAGCUUAGCAUGAAAGCAUCCCUAGAGAACAGCCUGGAGGAGACCAAAGGCCGCUACUGCAUGCAGCUGGCCCAGAUCCAGGGGCUGAUCAGCAGUGUGGAGGAGCAGCUGGCACAGCUGCGCUGCGAGAUGGAGCAGCAGAGCCAGGAAUACCAGAUCCUGCUGGACGUGAAGACCCGGCUAGAGCAGGAGAUCGCCACCUACCGCCGCCUGCUGGAGGGCGAGGCUACACACCUCUUCCCCCAGCAAGUAUCUGGCCAAUCCUAUUCUUCCCACGAAGUCUCCUCUUCCUCGUCGUCAUUCUCCUCCAGCCACCAGACCCGGCCCAUCCUCAAGGAGCAGAGUUCGUCCAGCUUCAGCCAGAGCCAGCUCUCCAAGCCCUGAGCUGCCUCUGCCACAGCCUUCUGCCCCUGCCGGCCUGCCCUCCUAAAGGCCUGGGUCAGGACCCUGUUCUCC